GCAGGAACAGCCCUCAAGGUUGACGGUUUUGGCCACCUUGGGCUCUGCAGCCUCGAUCGAAGGUGACACCAAUUAUCGUCGCGAUGUCCAGGUAGCCGUGGACGCACAUCACCUGUGUCCUUGCAUAGUUCGCGCCGAGUGUCCACGAGUGUUGGGAUCAAAGCCGGAGGACGUUUUGCUCGGUCCGUUUCCACCUUGCGAAAUUAAGGACACGGUGAGGUGCUGCGGAGUAACGACGAGCCUCUUCGUCCAGCCUUCGACGUUCGAGAAUCCGCCUUCCGGCACCGUGUAUCCGGUCCGGGGACGACUUCCGGGAUACCUGGGGCAAAGGUCGCAGGCCGAGUUCACGAGGUCUGGAAGCGAGGUUCGAGAAGGAGUCGCGAAGAGUCUGCUCAGGGCCGACGAAGAGACGAGGGAAUAUUACCUGGAGGAUGAAUUCAGCGACGAGGGCUCGGAGGCCGAUAGACGAACCGAUGGUUAUGAACGGGGGAAAAAUAUCGACUCGGGUAUUUCACAGACCGAUGCCUCGCUGGCCUCCGAUUUCCUUGACUAUCGAGGCGUUAGUAAAUACCCAACGACAGGCGAGGAGGAUUAUGGGGAGCGAACUACUAGUGCAACUGACCAUGGCAGAGGACAGCAACGCGGUGAAAUUUCAUCGCCGGAGAAAAGCAGCUUGACGUCGACUUCGUCGGCAUCGUCGAGCGUUGGAAAAAUCGAGCGGGUUGUAACGAGGAAGAAAGAAACUGCCGAGAGGUCGACUCAAGUGCAGGGUGAAAGCCUCGUUGAGCUUUCACAUGCCGACGGGCGAGAGACGCUGGGGUCGUUAGAUGGUACAGAGAUAAUUGAACCCCCGGAAUUGACGGAGUCGGAAACAAAAGGACUCGGUGUAAUUCCCGCGACAUUAAACGCGACUGCACGAGAAAUUUCGACGAACGAAGCAGCGGUUGGAACAGCGGGAAAGAAGAGCUCGGCUAUUUAUGACCAGCAAUAUAUUGCUGACGAGGAUUCGUGGGAAACUUAUGAUUAUGCGGAUGAUACCAAGCAGUUUGGGACCCGUGAAAGCGCUGAAACGACGCUUAAGGAUCACCGAGAGACUUCGAGCCUUGGACAGCAGGAAAGCGCCAAAGUCACAAAAGAAUCUUCCAACUUUGAGGAAGGCAGUUUGUCCACUUUAACUGGGAAUGACCAGCAGCAACUUACCGGGAGCACGAAACCGAUAACGCAGAUUUCACGGACGAAAAUAGAGAGCCAAGCAACUGAUGAAUCGGUAUACGAUGAACUUGCUGAGAUGUCGCGUCAGCAGACAAGCGAAUCCCAGACGAAAGAGUCUUCGAAUAUCGAAGGAAGCUCAUCUUCGAGCUCUAAAACCGUGGUAACAAACGCCAGAGACACAACAGACAAAGCCGUAAACUCGGAAACAUUCAGCGUAAGCUCAGAAUCAGUUCCUAAAAUUCUAAUAUCUACAACGUUCAGAAGACGGAAACUUGUACCCAAAGUCUCUACUACAUAUGGAGAGAACAAAGAAACAUCUCAGCAAAGUAGUCAAUCGGUGUCAAAAGAGUCUUCGAAGGUGGAAAAAAUUACGUCCAACUCUCAAAGUGUAGCAACGAACCGUGAAGGAGCGAUUGAUGCCGACGUAAACUCGGAAGACUCUGACGUAACAUUGGAACAAGUUUCAACAUUCCGACGACCAUCAUUGCUCAGAAGGCCGUCUGUUGGUUUGAUAGGUGACACAGCUUACGUGCAACGGGAAGAGACGGCUUCUCAACAAUCUAGCGAUUCUUCCAAAACAGAGUCUUUGAAGGUGGAAGAAACGAAGUCCAAAUCUCAAAGUAUAGCAUUUAACCGUGAAGGAGUGAUUGAUGCGAACGUAAUCUCGGAAGACUCUGAUGCGAGCUCUGAUGUAACAUUGGGACAAGUUUCAAUAUUCCGACGACCAUCAUUACCCAGAAGGCCGUCUGUUGGUCUAAGAGGUGACACAGCUUACGUGGACCGAAAGGAGACAUCCUCUCAGGAAUCAAGUGUCUUGUCCAGAACAGAGUCUUCGAAGGUGGCAGAAAGUACAUCUUCCAACUCUCAAACCGGGACAGCAAUCCGGCAAGAUUUAUCAGAGAAAGAUUUAAAAUCAAGAGACCUUGACACAAAUCUGAAACCACUUGUAGAAGCUCAGAUACCAGUACUAUCAGGAAUACCUAGUCUCGGCAUGAGAGGUGACAUAGUCUACGGUGAAUUGAAGAAGACCUCUUCUCAGCAGAAAAGUGAAUCUCUGAAUGAUGUAUCCUCGAAGGAAGAAAAAAUUGAAUCUUCGAACGUUAAAAGUGUCUCCACAAAUACCGAAAACCAAACAAACGAUAGGUCAAACUUGGAACUUAAGAUCGGAACUAUCAUAAAGCAAUCUGAUACAAAAACGGUUAGCAAAACUAAGUUGAACUCGAAAUCAGAAAGUUCCUCUUCGAUGGAACGUGAAAAUUUUGCAAAAAAAUCAUCGGACACGUCGACAACUUCAACCGAGUCAAACCUAAUAAAUGUAAUCACUGGGAAACCAGUGAUAAUGAUUACUGAUAAUCCCAUCAGCUGGGAAACCGCGGGUCAAGCCUACUACCCCGUCCUGAUCAACGCCGGUUUCCUUAAAGACCGCCCAGUAUCAACUGGACCGGUGGGUCUAGACCCUCUGUCCGGCGUCACUCACAGUGACUUACGUGAUCCAGAGGUGGCUGCGGAAUUGCUACCCUUGAGUUGCGGAAACGUGAUAUUCGGUGAGCGGAGCACGGGCGGAAAGAUGCUUUUGUGCAACCUUCCCCGUCCGGGUGACAAACCCUAUCAAUUUUUGAGGGGUGACACGAGCACUAUCAGUCCUGAAAAAUUAAACGGCCCAGAUUUACCCGGGGUGAUUUUACCCGGAACAGAUUUGAACGUGAAGGACGAUGUAAUACCAUACAAUCCCAUGUUUCUAGACGCGGAAAAAAGUAUCAACCAAAAACCUGCUAGAAGAAGGAUUAUCCUCAAACGACCGAACGCGGCACGCACAGAGUUUAACGUGAAUGAAGACAUACGCGAGGUUGGAUCCAAACAAGCCGCUAUGGAGUCGGUGUCGACGUCGUCAUCCACCGUGAAAAAGGCUUCGUCGCUAGAGGAGUCCACAUUCUCCCCAAGCUUUGGGAAAGAAAUAACUAAAUCGAAGUUCGACGUGUCCUCAGCCGAAGAUUUUAACGCCGAAGGAGCAAAGGGUGCUCUGAACUCCAAGUUCUACUCGUUGUCUCAGGAGCCGAUCCGCCCUCAUCCAGUGACCCGUGAUUCAUCAACAGCCGCGGAGAAAGAGCCAACAGCUAUCGUCGAAGUUGUCGACUCGGCGCCGUCAACGGAGACCAAAAUCAACUUGAAGAGACUGAGAGUCUCAUCGUCGGACGACAAACUGCCUCGCAACGACCUCGAGGUCCUGAAUAUAAAGACUUCUGAAGAUAACGGUGCUAACGUGGAAGAGGAGCGGUUCGUACGACCUGCAGAAACUACCAGACGCCGGAGGCUCAAGUUCAGUAGGCUUCCCGGACGCGUUCAGAGGGCAGUGAUAUCUCCCGACGACAUUUCGAUGUCCGGUAGAAUCAACGUAGUCGGCCCAAUCCCCGCGGGGUAUAUAGAUCCCGCUUUGAUCCGUGAAGACGAAAUCGGUAUCGAGCUCCCGAGACAACACGUUACCAGUUCCUUUCAGCUUCUGAACACUGAACGCCAACAGGAGGCCAGAAAUCGUGGAUGUAACGCCUUCAAACCAUCGCCAGUUGAUCCCAUAAAUUGGCCCAAGUAA